AUGGCGUCUUUAGACGAAGAAUCUUACUGUAAACUGCCCCACGGAUUGCUUGGUGAAAUCGUUACCAUGGUUUUGUACACUUCGUUCACUAUCAUCGGAUCGUCAGGAAACAUGUUCGUGAUUCUUGCCAUUAACCGGACUCCAGCUUUGAGGAACGUGUGCGGAAUCUUCAUAGCAAAUGUGGCAGUAGCUGAUCUGAUGGUGACAGCAGUAGUGAUGCCUUUAGUCGUGUAUAUCCAUAUUCAGGGGUUUUUGGAUAAGUGCAUUUUCCUUUCUCCGGUUUUUGCUGCCUGGAUAAUAGCACUUUUCUCUGCCACUUCCUCGCUACUGACGCUGACUACCCUCAGUGUGGAUCGGUGCUUUGCCAUCUGUCGUCCGAUGAGACACAAAACCAUUGUGACUAAAACAAAGGCAAAGAUAGUCAUGGCAAUAAUAUGGAUAGGAUCUUUGACCCUUCCUCUUUUAGAAAUCUUCUACCGUGGAUCAGCUCUCGCAAAGUAUCUUCAAACCAUUGGUUUAGGGUGCUGCUAUUCCAUCAUAGUCGUGGGCGGUAUUUUUACGGUCAGGCAUGUGCGCGUGAAUUCACGUCAAAUGGCAUCACUACACCAGGAUCAAGGAGCUUCUCGCCUCACUGCAGAAUUGAACCAGAGGAACAAACAAGUCGCUAAGACGAUUGCACUUGUUGUGUUCGUCUUUACCUUGUGUUGGAUCCCAAUCGCGUAUCUUACUGGUAUUGAGAUCAAUGAAGCCAGGAACUUCACAGUAUAUUUCUGGUUCGCAACAGUAGGACUAGCUAACUCAAUAGUAAACCCAUUGAUUUACUUCUAUCGGCAGCCAAACUACCGUAAAGCGCUCAAAUCUUUACUUGGAUGUAAACAAGGCGCAUCUAAGGUUGUCGCGCCAUUUCAAAAACGCAGCACAACCCAAAAGACUAAGUGA